AUGUGGAAGAGUGUCAUUAUAUUGGGCCUAUUGAGCUCACUGCCUUUCACGGCUGCUUCUCCAAGGAAACACCAACAAGAUCCAAAAACAACCCUUGACCCGCCACUGCCCUCCGCAAAUUUAUCGGCUUCAGCGCCGCCACUUCGAACUUACAAUAGCUCCAGACUGUAUACACCUUUUACUAGAACUCCGACGACCACAGGUGCGCUGACAGCCUCUUCAAUCGGGACGGGCAUCUCUCGCGGAGGCGUUGCAGCCGCAGCGACAACAUAUCCCGGUGAUGGAAAUCUUCAUCAUUCCGAGCCUGCUCCAUAUGUUCCAGCAGGUGGGGUCGGGACCAACGGAAGCACGCCUGUCUACAAUACGAAGAGCGAUUUCGACUACGAGUCUUUAGCCCUUGCUCUAUACCAAGAAUGGAUUGAGCUUGAUCUAUUCCAAGACGGACUCCGUCGGUUCAAUGAUUCAGCCUUCCGAGCCGCCGGAUUGACCGCUUCAGACCGCGAGUUGAUCGCAUUCAUGGCGCAGCAAGAGAUAGGUCAUGCCACUAUGCUCAGCAACAUCCUCGGAGCCCGUGCACCACAGCAAUGCAACUAUAUCUACCCGUACAGGAAUGUCAAGGAGUUUGUCGACUUCUGUCAGAAACUCACUCGCUGGGGCGAAGCUGGCGUGUAUGGGUUUCUGGCUCAUCUUGACUCGCGUGAGGCGGCCACUCUCUUGACUCAGUCUAUCACGACUGAAGCACGCCAGCAACUGAUCUUCCGUCAGUUCGAGGGUCUCUUCCCGAUGGUUGAGUGGUUUGAAGUUGGUAUCCCGCAGUCCUGGGCUUGGACGCUGCUGGCACCUUUCAUCAGCUCUUGUCCUGAAAAUCAGACUCGUUUGAUUUGGCAAAAUUUCCCGACGUUGAUGGUGGUCAAUCAGCCUGAUCCGUGGACCUCAGGGACUGCUCUCAACUUUUCCUCGGGUGAUACCAGAAUAAACGGGCAUGAUUCUUUCGGAUACGAUUCUACUGGGUAUGAUCCUACUGCGUACAUUUCUAAGGGGAAUAAUUCCACUGGGCACAAUUACAGAGGGUCCAAUUCUACUGGGUUCAAUUCUACUAGGUACAAUUUUACCACAAGUGCCGAUCAAAUCUCAAGGCUCAACAUGACUUCUGGGUUCAAUCAGAGUGCAGGAUUCAUCUUCAAUGAGACCACCGGAAUCAACAACACUAUCGGACCAGGCGUCAGCAUCCCCAAGUCACCCAAAGGCUCCGGGAGAUUCAACUCGUCUAUUCCAGCUAACGACUGUGGCACCUCUGUUAGCAAAAUUCGCCCAAUACCUCUCACGGCUUCAGGUCGCCUGGUACUGUUGCAGUGGGAUCUUCCUGGGAAGAAAGUCGGCCCCAACAACAGCUACAUCACCACAACGGAGGUAAAAGCUGGUAGUGCACAGCAUGUCCUUUGGGUAUCGCAACUGAACAUUACCUACACCCCUCUGUAUGUUGUUAGCGGCACCAAUGGUACCACCACCAAUGGCAGCAACAGUACCAACAGUACCGCUGAUACCAUUCGAGGAUAUACUACCCAGCCCGACUUGGAGACGUACCAAGGUAACCCGGCUUUCAACGGUACCAUUUUUAUUGCUAUCACAGACAGCGCUCCAUCUGUGAGCCCGUUCAAUCUGAGCUUGAUUAACCCGCAUGUGGUUGCCGGUCCAGCUUUGUACCAGGCUGGUUGA